UUGAGACUUGAGAGAUUUGAAGUCGCAAAAAAAUCGUAAACAAAAAACGAACUAUUUUUGUCAAACGAGAAAAACUUAAUUAAAGUUAGCGAAAAAAAAUAAACUAUUUUAAAAUAAUUUUUGAUUCGAAAAUAACAAAAUUAAUUGAAGUUUGAGAAAAAAAUCAUUUAUUAAUUGAAUUUCUAUUUAUAUACGGAUAGUUUAAAAAAAGAUUUUUUUGUAAGAAUGACAUCAGUUGACCAGAAAAGAGCUUUCAAUAAACUCAAACAUGACUUGGAAAAUUGGAGAGAAUUAAUUUUACUUUGUAAUUCAGUUUUAAAAUGGGAAAAACCAUUUUAUCCAGGAAUUAUAUUUGGUGGAAUCUCAGUUACUUUCCUAAUUUUAUGGUGGUUGGAUUUAUCAGUUUUAACAUUGAUAUGCUCUUUAGCCCUUAAAACUGUAUUAUUUGAUUACUUUUAUCCAAUGAUAUCUAAAUUUAUAUUUAAACCGGAAAGUUGGACUGGAGCACAAGAAAGCAAAUUUGAAGAUGUUUGCAAUGAAUUGUGCGUUAUAAAAGAUAAAAUUAAUUCAUUAUCGGAAAUUCUUUUCAAUGCAAAACAGGAAAAGUCAACUCUUUUUGUAAUUGCUGUUUCGGCUGCAUUAUUAUUUGGAGCAUAUAUUGGAUCUGUAAUAGAUAAUCUUUUACUGGCCUAUAUUGCCAUUCUGGGACUUGGAUUUUAUCCUGGAUUGCAACAACAAGGCUAUGUUGGGAAAGCAAUGGCACAGAUUUCUGCUUUAGUCGCAGCUAAACUUCAAAAAAUCAAAGAAAAAUCCAAUAAAACUGAGUAAAGCAAAAAAGCAGUUUUAAAUUCUACACACGGAUGAGAAAUAGAAAUAUUACAUUGAUGUUGUUGUAUAUCUUUAAGUAAAGUAUUUUACAAACAAGUUAUUAAAAAAAACUGAAAAAAUUAAUAAUUCAUAAAACAUCCCUUUUUCAACUCGAUUUACAUGCGUAUAAAACUUAUUUAUUAAAAUAAAAUUUAGACUAUAGUUACAUUAAUACUACGUACCAAAAAUAAAAUCUUAUUAAUUAAAAUAUAAAAAAAAAUGAAAUCAGUAUUUUGAAAUCCAAAUUAUAGAAAGGAAAAACCUAAAAAGUAGAGCAUGCAUGGUAUUAAUUUUCCAUUUGUUAUUUUAAUUAAUUUUCUUUAACAUAAAUAUAAAAAAAUUUUUACCAAUUAUUAUAUUUUAAAGAAAAUGCCAUGAUUUUUCUAAAAUUAUAUAAGCAUGUAUGUAUAUUAAAAUUAAAAUAUAAUUAUUACACUUGCUUUAAAUUAAUAUUAACAAGCGAAGUUACAUAGAUAUUUUAUAUAUCAAUAAAAUUGUAUACUUGUAUAACAUAGUUUAUGAAUAAAAUUAGAAAGCAAGCUGGAACUCUUGAAAUUUAAAUUUAUAAUACACAAACAAAAAUAUGGUUUAAUAUAAAUAUGAACUCAAAUAGAAGUAUAAUGAAUAUAUGUAAUAGAAUUUUUUUUAAUGAUAAGGCUUUUUAAUGUAAUUAAAAUAACAUUUUUACAAAAUUUUUUAAUAUUUCUUAUAAAUAUUGAAAUAAUGAUAGUUUAUCAUUUUUCAAUCAAAUUAUUUUAUGUUAAUUUCAUAAAAUUUGAAUGAAAUCAAUUGAAUUUGAAGUUUUAAUUAAUUUUAUUUUAUUAUU